AUGACUAAGAAGCGAGUAAAGAAGGUUAUUGAAGAUGAUACAAGCAUGAUUGAGAUUUCUAAAACUUUCAAAAAAAUGGUUGAUGUGUUUGAAAUGAAUUAUAUGAAGCUGAUCAAACAGAGUAAAAAUGCUAAUGGUGGAGAUAUUUGGGCUGAAUUGGUCGAGAUUGGGGUUGAACCAAGUUCUUUGGCUCUUGUAUACAUGUACCUUGUUGAGAAUGCCGAUGCAUUGAAAGCUUUUAAUGGAAUUUCAAUCGAUAAGCGGAAGAAAAUGUUACAUCUCAUUGUUCUAGACUAUCCAUUUUGA